CAUGUCGAAAGUUGUCAGCAACAAGGAGAAGAAAUCCUUCAGCAAGAAGCUGUUCCGGAGGAGCUCGGUGCGCUCCGUGGGGAGCUUCAUGAACAGAGUUCUCCGGACUCUGUCCACGCUCUCCCACUUCAGCACCGACGAGCAGGCCGCCGAGGACGAGAAGGACGACGCCACCCUCCUGCCCAACACCACCGGGGGGUCGGUGCCGUCGGACGACAGCGACUGCGGGGGGUUCCCCUUCGGGGACAAGGUGCCCGGGGUGGCCGGGCUCAAGAACCACGGGAACACCUGCUUCAUGAACGCCAUCCUGCAGUGCCUGAGCAACACGGAGCUGUUCGCCGAGUACCUGGCCCUGGAGCAGUUCCGGGGGGCGGACAACCCGGGGGGCAACGACAAGGCCAAGUCCAACGGGGUGCUGGUGCAGAAGAAGGCGGGCGGCCAGCAGCAGGAGUCCGGGGAGGUGACCGAGCAGCUGUCCGGCCUGGUCCGGGCGCUGUGGACCUUCGAGUACACGCCUCAGCACAGCAGGGACUUCAAGAAUGUGGUGUCGAAGAGCGCUCUUCAGUUCCGGGGGAACUCCCAGCACGAUGCGCAGGAAUUCCUCCUCUGGCUGCUUGAUCGGGUUCACGAAGACCUCAACCAGAUCAUCCACCCUGACAUCAGGCCCCCCAGGAAGCCUCCAGUCGAAGAAGAAACGGUUCCUGAAGGAUCUCCACUACCAGCACCGGGCUCUUUCGUACAGGAGCUGUUUCAGGCACAAUACAGGUCCUCCCUGACUUGCCCUCACUGCCAGAAACAGAGCAACACCUUUGAUCCUUUCCUCUGCAUCUCACUGCCAAUCCCAGUACCUCACACACGGCCUCUGUACGUGACGGUGGUGUACCAAGGAAAGUGUUCCCACUGCAUGAGAGUCGGGGUGGCGGUGCCGCUCUCUGGCACUGUGUCCAGGCUGAGGCAAGCUGUGGCUCAAGAGACCAAAAUCCCUGCCCAACAGAUCGUCCUGACCGAGAUGUACUACGACGGCUUUCACCGCUCCUUCUGCGACGACGACGACGACCUGGAGAUCAUCCAGGAGAGCGACUCCAUCUUCGCCUUCGAGACACCUGAGCUCUUCAGACCGGAUCAGAUCCGCUCCAAGCGAGGCGGGAGCCCGCACGCUAAUCUCAACCAGAACAACUUGAAGUACGGCACAGAUAACAACAGGAUAUCCACUCAGAUACAAGAGCCGACAACGCCGCCCUCCAGCCCCAAUAAGAACAGUGGACAGGCGGAGAAGAUCGUCCUGCUGGUGUGCAACAGGGCCUGCGCCGGGCAGCAGGGCCGCAGGUUUGGGAAUCCAUUUAUUUUAUAUCUGGAGCGGACAGUGACUUGGGACAUACUGCAAAAGGAGAUCUUGGAGAAGAUGAGACAUCUUUUACGCCCUGGAGUCUUUGUGCAGGUGGGACCUUUCACCCUGCGGGUGGUCGGGGUGGUUGGGAUCACUUACCUGCUGCCUCAGGAGGAGCAGCCGCUCUGCCAUCCCUCUGUGGAGAGAGCCUUCAAGUCCUGCGGGCCUGGCGGGCCGCCCCACGUCAAAAUCGUCGUCGAGUGGGACAAGGAGACGAAAGAUUAUCUGUUCAAAAGAACCGAGGACGAGUACAUCCCGGAUGCCGAGAGCGUGCGGCAGGUGAAGGAGCAGCAUCUGCAGCCUCAGACCUGCUCGCUCGCCCAGUGCUUCCAGCUCUACACCAAGGAGGAGCAGCUUGCGCCUGACGACGCAUGGCGGUGCCCACACUGUAAGCAGCUGCAGCAGGGCAGCAUCAAGCUCAGCCUGUGGACCCUGCCAGACAUUCUCAUUCUCCACCUGAAACGCUUCAGACAGGACGGGGACCGGCGCAUGAAGAUGCAGAACAUGGUGAAGUUCCCGCUGACGGGCAUGGACAUGGCGCCUCACAUGGUGAAGAGAAGCCAGAGCAGCUGGAGCCUCCCGUCCCACUGGUCGCCGUGGCGACGGCCGUACGGGAUGGGCCGCGACCCGGAGGACUACCUCUACGACCUGUACGCCGUGUGCAACCAUCAUGGCACCAUGCAGGGAGGACACUACACAGCUCACUGUAAGAACUCCAUCGACGGGCAGUGGUACAUCUUUGACGACAGCGACGUGCAUCCCAUCUCCGAGGAGGACGUCUGCAAGCAGACCGCUUACAUCCUGUUUUAUCAGAGACGGGCGACGAUCCCGUCGUGGUCCGCCAACAGUUCUGUCGGAGGAUCCACGAGCUCCUCUCUGUGCGAGCACUGGAUCAGCCGGCUGAUGGGCAGCCGUCCUCCCAGCCAGGCGUCGUCCGGCUCCUCCAGGCGAACCUCGCUGGCGUCGCUCUCCGAGUCUGCCGAGUUUGCGGGCGAACGGAGCGAGGACGACGGCUUAUCGAGUCGACAGGCUGUGAGGGGCAUGCAAAGGCAGACCUUCUCCUCGAGGUCUUCCAUCGCCAGCCCGCUGGUGCUGAGCGAAAAUGGCACCAAGCCGUCUUGGUCCCACUCCGCCAAGCUCCAGCUCCGUUCCAACUCCCCCUCCCGCUUCUCCCUGGAGUCCCACUCCUCCUCCCCGACGCUGGAGAGGAUCGGCGAGGUGGUGGACAGCAAGCUGUCGGCCUCGAGCUUCGCCGGGUCGCCGAAGCCCGAUCGGCUGUCCGGCGGCAGGCUGGGUCUCGCCGCCCCGGAUGGGAAUGCGGGCGGGAAGAGGCUGCUGGAGCAGGUGCACUCUAAAGCCGUGGCUCAGGCCGAGCAGAGGAGCUCCGGCCAGGCGGGCGAUAACAACAACGCCGCCGCCGCCGCCGCCGAGCAGGUCAGUCCUCGACACGGCGCCUCUGCGAAGGAGCCCAAACAGAGAAACGGGGCUGCGGACGGCGCCAAAAGGACCGCCGCCAAAACCGGGGUGGAGAGCGAGAGGAGUCCCAAAAAGCGUCCCGCCACCUCCUCCACGUCGUCCAGCUCUCUCUCCCCCGCGUCUCCGGCCGUGGACAAGUCACCGUCUCGGACGCAGUCCAAGAGCGCCGCGUCGGCGUCCAAUCCCAAGGACAAGAGCGAAGGUCCGGCGAAAACCAGUAAAGGCGGCUCUUCGAGGACUGCGACCCCCUCUAAGAAAGGGGCUUCCCAGACCCCCGAGGCUUUACAUCCCGACUCUGCCCAGCAGAGGAAGAGCGCCUCUCCGGGGUCGCAGAGCUCACACCCUCCCAGGAGGACGUCGCCCCGAGCGGGGGCUGAGAAAACCCCGGCCUCGGGAAGGACUAAGGCGGCGGAGAGGAGCACCAGCCGCGACUCCUCUCGGGCCAGCGUGCCGUCGGAGAGGAAGGUCAGUCACGGAGGUCCUCCCUCCAGGCUGAGCGCCGCCGGCAGGGGAGACGGCAAGCCGGCCCGGGCCGUGGAGGACCGGGUGGCGGGCCGGAGCUCCAGCAGCAGCUCCUCCAUGACCAGCCUCCGCUCCUCCAGCGUGGGCGUUUCCUCCUCCAGCUCAGCCCCGCCGUCGAAGGGCCCCCGAAGGAACAGUAAGACCGAGGACAAAGGUUUGUCCUUCUUUAAAACUGCCCUGAGACCGAAAGAGACUCGUAAACCGAGCGAGAGCGGGAAAACGACCGCGGGGGACGCCAAAGGAGGUCCGGACGACGGCGGCGGGGACGCAGUCAGGGACGCACCCCCGAGCAAAAAGGCCCAGAAUGCUGCCUCAGAGGCCCAGACUAACGCGACCACAGCCAAAGACAAGGAGUCCUCGAAAGGUUCGGGCGCAGCCAAACACUCGCUGCUGCCGUCCGCGAAAUCCAAGCCGUCCGGAGCGGAAACGACCAACCAGUCGUCCGCCGGCGCAAAGGACCCUUCAAAGAAAGAGCCUGCGAAAAAGACAAUACAGUCUAGGAAGAUUCCCAUUAAUUCCACACAAACUAGCCAGAGAUCCAAGUGAUGCUACUUUUCAAGGCCUGACAACAAUCUUUAGUGCAGCUCCUGAGGUGUUGUGUGUUUCUU